AUGCUAUAAAAACUCAGCAAACUAAGAGCUUCAUUUUCACUCCUUAAUUUUAACUUCAUUGCCAAUUUGUCACCUGAGAUUGAGGAAUUACGGUGUCACGUAGCAAAAUUUGCAAAUGAGGAGAUAGCUCCUUUGGCUGACAAAGCUGAUGAAGAAGGUAAAUUCCCUCCUCAUCUAUGGAGGAAGAUGGGAGAUUUGGGACUCUUAGGUGCCACUGUUGAUCGUAAGCAUAUAUAAUUAAUUAACUUAGCCACUUAUGGGGGAUCUGGAUUAUCUUAUUCUGCUCACUGUAUGAUCCUAGAAGAAAUCAGUAGAGCCUCAGGAGGAAUUGGGUUGAGUUAUUCAGCUCAUAGUGCUUUGAUAGUGGCCCAACUUGAAAGACAUGGGAAUGAGUUUUAGAAGAAGAAAUAUCUUCCUAAAUUGUGUUCAGGAGAAUGGGUGGGAUCUCUUGCAAUGAGUGAACCUAAUGCUGGAUCAGAUGUCGUAUCAAUGAAAUCAACGGCAAAAAAAGUAGGAGACAAAUAUAUCCUAAAUGGAAGUAAAAUGUGGAUUACCAAUGGUCCCAUAUCUGACAUCCUCAUUGUUUAUGCAAAGACAGAGCCAGAAAAGAAACAACAUGGAAUUACUGCUUUUAUUGUUGAAGCUAAUAUGAAAGGAUUUUCAAGAGGGAAGAAACUUGAUAAAAUUGGAAUGAAAUGUUCUGAUACAGGACCGAUUUAUUUUGAUAAUGUUGAAAUACCAGCCGAGAAUGUUUUAGGAGAGGUCAAUCAAGGAGUCUAUGUUUUAAUGAGUGGAUUAGAUUAUGAAAGAUUAGUCUUGGCAGCAGGUCCAGUUGGAUUGAUGCAAGCUGCCUUCGAUAUUUCAAGAGAUUAUUGUAACACUAGAGAACAAUUUGGUAAAAAGAUUGGACAAUUUUAAAUGAUGUAAUAAAAGCUAGCUGAAAUGUAUACUACCUUACAAGCUAGUAGAGCUAUGCUAUAUAGUGUUGCUAGAGCUGUUGAUUAGGGCAAUAUUACAAAUACUGUAAAUAUAUUCAAUUUAUCCUAGGAUUGCGCUGCUUUAAUUUAUUAUACUUCUGCUAAUGCCACUCAAGUUGGAUUGGAAGCAAUUUAAUGUUUGGGAGGUAAUGGAUAUACAAAAGAAUAUCCGGUAGGCAGAAUCAUGCUUGAUUCCAAACUCUAUGAAAUUGCUGCAGGCACAAAUGAAAUAAGAAAAUGGUUAAUAGGCAGACAGCUAACACAAUGAUCUUCAAUGAAAAUAUUAUUAAAUAAAUAUUUUUUAUGGAGUUGUC